GGAAAAUUAAACAUCCAUGCCGUCUACAAGUUAAACUAAGCACAGUGCUAGUUUCAGUUUUUCCGCAGCAGUCUUCUUUUCCUUGAAUUGCUCAACAAACAUAAGACGCAAUUGCUUUGUCCCUUGGAAGAAAUAAAUAAAUAUCAUAAGUGCAUCGAAAAAUGCAAAGAUGAUUGUUCGUAAGAAAUUUAAAUAUAUCAUUGACAUUCAAGAAAGAUAUGAGAGAGAAUAUAUGAAUCCUACGGAAACGAUGGAAGAGUCUGGCUUUAUUAGCGUAGAAAUCUAUCUAGAUGAUACUGAAAUUAUUCGUCUUCAACACAGGCCGCAGUACAGGGAUGUGGAACUCUUCAGUCACAUCGGUGGCUUCAUUGGAGUUUGGCUUGGGGUUUCGUUAGUUUCGGUGAUGGAUCUACUUGAAGCUUUGUGCCGUAUAUUUACUUACGUGUUUAGAAAACGAAAUCAAUCAUAAACUUACCGUGUUUUAACAGUUGAGAUUAUCAUAAACUUAAGCAAGGAUCUCUUCUUGUCUCAUAAAAUAAUUUACUCUGAAACUGAAACGUUCGCAUGCUUGAACAGGAAUACUAUUGAUUUUCGAAAUAAUAAAUAUCAGUUUCUUCUUCUAAUGAUAAAGUUUAAUAUUAUUAAACAACUCUUCUUAUUAUUCCCUCUUCUUUCUUUUUCUCCUCCUUCGAUCUCUUCUUCUUCAGUUUUUCUUAUUAAAUGUUUGAAUUUUUGACACUAAUUACAGUAGAUUCAAUGCAUAUGCAAAUAUUUUAUGUAGAAUAAAAUACAGGCAUUUAUUAAGACUGCUUAUAUGCCCUUUUGCAGUUCACGAAUAAAAUAAUUUUUUUCUUUGCAUAUUAAAUGUUCACCUUCUGGCUGAUAUAUAUUACAUAUUGUAAUUGAAAAAUUCAUUCUCUUUGUUAAACUAUGUGUGAGUUUAAUGUUAAUGUGCACUAUAUCUCAGACAAUUUGCUGUAGAUUUAUCUAUCUUCAUUUUUACUUUAUGAUGUACUGAAACAAGUUUAAUAUGUGUAUGAAUCUGAAAUAAAACAUUAACUUAAUCGAUCGAUCGUAAUUAUUUAAAUUACAAGAACUUUUUGACCCAUGAUAUAUUUAUACGUUACGAAACCUUUAGACAUUCGUAGCUAAAGCUUCAGUUUAUAAAUGGAUACAUCUUACAAUAAAUCAUUUUCUACAUAGAACCUUAAGACAUUAAUUUCUUUUAGUUUGAGACAAGGCUUCUUAAUUUUUAAAAGUGCAAUAACGGAUGUUUAUCCUUUUUAUUUCGGAUAAUUAACUAUUGUAAUAUGUUAGCCCAUUUGUUUUUGGCAUUUUAGCUUUAUUAUUAAGCACCGUUCUUCGCAUUUAUGAUAGACAGAUUUCAACAACAACAAAAAUAUCACAAAAUUUUGAAAAGCUUCAUAGCAGUAGUGUUAA